UCGUCUUCAACGGCGACGAUUUCCCUCCUCCACCUCCACACACGCUCAGCGAGCGCGCGCAAGGAGCCUAGAACAAGCCAGCUCGCCUCGCCUCGCCCUCGCGCUCGCGCUCCGGAGCAUGGGCGCCAAGGGGGUGGCGACGGCGGCGGGCACGGCGGUGCUGGUGUACCUCGUGCUGUCGGGGCGGCUGUGCGGUGACGCCGCCGGCGGCGGCGAGGGGCAGACGAUAUCGUCCGCGGUGUCCGCGGCGGUGGAGGCGCGGAGGCGGAGGAAGGAGGCGGCGCGGGCGAGGCGGGAGCAGCGGAGGGAGGCGCGGGCGCGGCGGUGGCCCGAGCGCGCGCCGGGCGGGUGGGGGGAGGCCGCCGCCGUGGCCGCCCGCACCGUGCGGUACACCUACGGCGAGACGCUCGGCAAGUGGCCCCUCGGGGAGAUCGCCUUCGGGAUCAAGUACUACAUGCGGCAGCAGGGCAAUCUUCAGCAUGAGUAUGCUGGAAGCAAUUCUCAACUAUUGGAAGGGCCAGAGGUAAAGGAGGAGCUGAUCUCACUACUAGGAUAUCUCAAGCUGUGCAUGUAUUUCUCAAAGAAGCCAUACAAAGUGUUUAUGGAGUUUGGUGAAUAUGACGAAAGCGAUGUUCUUAUAAAGAAAUCUAAGGCGAGGCUUAUGAAGCCUUCUUUCACAGUUGUCCGCGAUAGAAGUGCCAAAUGCUUUUUCCUUUUUAUUCGGGGGGCUAUCAGUGUUAAGGAUCGGCUGACUGCAGCAACUGGAGCAGAGGUUCCAUUUCAUCAUGUUGUGGCACAAGAUGGAUGUGUCUCCAAGUUGGUGCUGGGACAUGCACAUUGUGGAAUGGUAGUGGCAGCUCGUUGGAUUGCAAAGCAGGCCAUUCCUUGCCUAAGUGAAGCCAUUGCGCAAUUCCCAGAAUAUGGAGUGAAGAUCAUUGGCCAUUCAAUGGGUGCUGGUAUCGCAGCGAUAUUGACAUACAUUCUACGUGAGAAUGAGAAGUUAUCAUCAUCCACAUGUAUUGCGUUUGGACCAGCUGCUUGCAUGACAUGGGACUUGGCUGAAUCGGGUAAAGACUUCAUCACGACCAUUGUCAACAGAAAUGACCUAGUGCCAUCUUUUGGCAAAGUAUCUGCUGCCAAGCUCCGUACAGAGGUCAUGGCAUCAUCAUGGGUACAUGACCUUCGUGAACAAAUUCAACAGACUAGAUUCUUGGGAUUUGUCAAUCGCUCCGUGAGCUUCAUCCGAUCACACACGCCCUUCGUAUCUGAUCCAAGAUCCAAGGUUGUAGAUGUUGACAUGCUGGUGCCUAACAACUCUGAGGCCGAGGUGAAGACUUCAUCAAAUUCAGAUGCUGUGGUGAAGAAACGCCAUGCACUGGCUUGCUGGUCAUGUGUUGCUGCUGUACAGAAGCAGUCCACUGCGAAACAUGGUACUCAUGAUAUGACAAACCAAACUGAUGUUGAUGCCAAAGCUGAGAAAAUCGACAUCCAAGCAGCACAACUGGUCUCAAUUUCCAUGCAAGAACUUGACCUUCAAGAAUCAGAUAAUGAUGAUGAUGAUACAGACAGAGGGGGGAAAGCACCGGCUACGAACGAGACAGACGAAGAUCAAGCCAUGGAGCUUCUAGAAACCUUGACCGAACCAUCAUCUUCAAGCCAUUGUCAAGAGCCACGCCAGCUCUACCCUCCAGGAAGAAUAAUGCACAUGGUUGGGUUGCCAUGUUCAGAGCCAAACACAAGCGAGCAAGGUGGCCGGGAGGAGGCUGUUGCCCUGUAUGAGACACCUCGACAUCUUUACAGCAAGAUUCGCUUGGCGAGAUCGAUGAUAAGAGAACAUUACAUGCCCAAGUACAUCAGGACAAUGGAGCUGCUGAUCGAUAAGCUCAAUCUCGCCCAGGACAUCGACAGCGACCAACUGGGAUCAUUGUAGCAUUGACUGGUGUACAGAAUAAUUGUUGUUGUACAGAUUAUGGAAAGAAGAAAAAAGGCAGCAUGGGUUUUCAGAUUGCUAGUGGCUGUACCAUAGUUCUGGUUGUUUCAUUGUUUGUGGUGGUAGCGUCCAAGAUGAAGCUGUACAAUUAAUCCUGAUAGACUCUGUUGUUGUUGUUGAUUUGCUGUCAUUUCCUUUUGACAGCCAUCACCAGGAAGGGCUAAAGAGCUGAGCCUCGUGAUGAUUUCUGUAAUCCAGAAGCCAAUUUGUCUGUUUUUAGCUGUGAAUAUUAAUCUCAAAGUGAGAUAGGAUAACCCGUCAUCUCUCUCUGACAUGCAUAUGCAUAUUAGCUUUCAUUUUUUCUUUUAGAAUGUACAUUCAAUUCAAAUCUGGAGCCGUAUCAUAUUUUCUUAAUUAUGUCAU